AAUUGGUUAGUGUCAAAACACAUUUUAUAAUUUACUUCAAAUUGCCCGCCUUAAUGUUAUUUUGAUUUCUCCGUCUAUUAUUUGAAUUUAAAGUUUAAGAAACGAAAUAAUUAAGGUAAAAUAAAAUUAUAUUUGGUAAUUAAAAUGAGUGACGACGACGUUACUAUAAUGGAAGUUGACGAGGUAGAUCCUAAGCCCAGCAAGUCGGUAACAGUUCAAAGUAAAGUUACUUCACAUUUACCAUGGAUAGAAAAAUACCGACCGCAGACAUUUGCUGACAUAGUAGGGAACGAGGACACGGUGUCACGUCUGGCGGUGUUUGCUCGUACUGGCAACGCACCUAAUAUAAUAAUAGCGGGACCACCCGGUGUAGGAAAAACCACAACAAUCCUGUGUUUAGCUCGCGUACUUCUCGGUCCCGCUUUCAAAGAUGCUGUUCUUGAAUUAAACGCAUCAAAUGAUCGAGGUAUCGAUGUUGUCCGUAAUAAAAUCAAAAUGUUUGCUCAACAGAAGGUGACAUUACCGCCUGGAAGGCAUAAAAUUGUUAUUUUGGAUGAGGCUGACAGCAUGACGGAUGGCGCCCAGCAGGCCCUGAGGCGUACCAUGGAACUUUAUUCCAGCACCACGCGCUUUGCUCUAGCAGCUAACAACAGUGAGAAGAUUAUUGAACCAAUCCAGUCUCGUUGUGCUGUACUACGUUAUACCAAACUGAGCGAUGCCCAGAUACUAGCUAAGGUUAUUGAAGUCUGUGAAAAAGAAGACUUAUCCUACACAGAGGAAGGAGUUAAUGCUGUUGUUUUCACCGCCCAGGGAGACUUGAGAGCCGCACUAAAUAACCUGCAGUCCACAGCACAGGGCUUUGCCCAUGUCAGUCCUGAUAAUGUGUUCAAGGUGUGCGAUGAACCGCACCCUAUGCUCGUAAAGACGAUGUUAGAGGCCUGCACAAGAAAGGAUAUUUAUGAAGCUUAUAAGGUAAUAGCAAAGCUCUGUCGUCUCGGUUAUGCUACAGAGGAUAUAUUGAGUAACAUGUUCCGUGUGAGCAAGACUCUGUCUGUGUCGGAAGAUGUACGUCUAGGGCUGAUCAAACAGAUCGGACUCACACAUAUGAGGGCGGCAGACGGGCUCACUUCACAGCUACAACUGGCAGCCCUACUGGCAAGGAUGUGUGGAGGGAAGGGGGUGGAUGAAGAGUAAAAGAUCAAGUGGAUAAUUAAAUUAUUGUUAUAUUUGAAGCUAAAGAUAUCACUUAUUAUGGCCAGACAAAUCAUUAUUAGUGGGAAUGUUGGAGUAAGAAAAUCUAUGUAUUUCAUAUUGAUUACGUACUUAGAGAAUUUUAAUAAUUUUUUUGUAAGUUGCAUAUAUUCAAAUAUCCAUAAAAAUACCAAUUGAACUGUAACUGUGAUUGUAAAUAAAUUUUGUACUUUGCCAUAUUUAA